GAGGGAGGGGGAGAGAGAGAGAGAGAUUAAGGAAUUGAAGCUCGAGGAGCGACCGCAAAAGAUUAAAAAAGGAAACUAGCAGAUGUUGAGAAAUAUUAAGAACUUUUUGAAGAUUUUGGACUAAAAAUAAUUAUCAACUUACGAAUAAUCAGAUGUCAAGGAAACUAACAAAGAAAAAACCGAAGUCUAAAAAGGACGACGCCGACGUCUAGACUCCGUCCCAGUGUCCGUACGUUUAGCAUAAAACACAAGCCGUGUAACCCACAGCAAGGGGGCGCUCUGUGGGGUUAAUAAACUGGAACGGCAACAUUGGCCUUACCCGUAAUGAAACAAAUAACGGGAAAGAAGUGGGAGCGAGUAGGGAACAGCUUUACAAGGGUUAUUUCCUGCUUUGAUUACUAUAUAAAGUUAGCGGGCUCCAAGACUCCUUCUCAGUCCGUUAUUGUGCGUGCAGCGAUGUCCCUGGAAAAAAUUUUGCUCUGCGCGCUGUUCGUGUCAUACGUCUACUGCGUCAAUGAAUUGUCAGAAGAGACUUGCGAAACUCUGCCGUCGGAAAUUCACAUAACCAAAGAGGAGUUUGACGAACUGGGCCGACUGCAGAGGACUUGUAAUGGGGAGAUCGCGGUAAACAAGUGCGAGGGAUCCUGCAAAAGUCAAGUGCAGCCCUCUGUCAUAACACCGACGGGCUUUCUAAAGGAAUGUUAUUGUUGUCGAGAAAGCUUCCUGAGAGAAAGGAUCGUAACACUGACGCACUGCUAUGAUCCAGACGGUGUUCGUUUGACCAACGAAGGGAUCAACUCUAUGGACGUCAAGCUGCGUGAACCGUCGGAAUGCAAGUGUUACAAAUGCGGCGACUUCAAUGAGUGUCAGGUAACCCCAGUGAUUCAUGUUUUGCAAUAUCCCGGAUGUGUUCCGAAACCAAUCCCCAGCUUCGCUUGCACAGGAAGAUGCGCUUCAUAUAUUCAGGUAUCUGGCAGCAAAAUAUGGCAAAUGGAAAGAUCUUGUAUGUGCUGCCAGGAAUCUGGAGAACGAGAGGCGUCAGUUUCACUAUUCUGCCCCAAAGCUAAGCCAGGAGAAAGAAAAUUCAUUAAGGUCACAACAAAAGCACCACUGGAAUGUAUGUGUAGACCUUGCACCGGAAUUGAAGAGAGUGCAAUUAUCCCACAAGAAAUUGCUGGUUAUACAGACGACGGCUUAUUGUCGGGGCAUUUUUUAAAAUCCCAUCAGCAGUAAUUAUACUUAAACCUCAAGAUAAAUUAUAAUUUUUUUUUUCAGCGUUUGUGAUAAAUAAUAAUACUUCAGACUUGCUUUUAUUUAUUUUUUAUAUAAACUUAUACUGAGUAAAAUAGUU